AUGGAUCAAAUCAAUUUUAGUAAUGUGACACCACCUCAUAAUCUUAUAAUGAAAUUUCUAGAUCUCAAUAACUCAGAUGAAGAUGAAGAUGGAGAUGAAGGGGGAGAAAAUAGUAGUGAUUAUGAUAUAUUUGAUUUGGUUACAGAAAUUCUUGCAGAAGGAACAAUGAAGACAGUGGAGGCUUCUAAAACAAAAUGGGAUGAUCUUAAAACCAAGGUGUAUGGUCAAUUCAAUUUCACACCAUUGCAUUUUGAAGGCAUUAUUCUUGAAACCAUAAAAGCUAUUGAAGAGGUAAAAGAUUUACUUGCCUUGAAGAAAUCAUUUCCAAGUCAAUAUUGUUAA